AUGGCUCCUCGUACCCUCCAGGUCGCCUGUGCCGGCCUUGGCCGCAUGGGCAAGCGUCACGCCCUGAACCUCCUGCACCGAUCCCCGCGGUCAUCUCUGGUGGCAGCUUUCACCCCAGAUCCUGUUGAGGCCAAAUGGGCUGAGGACAACCUGGUUCCCUACGGAGUGACCAUCUACUCGGACUACGAUGCUAUGCUAGGCCACAGCGGCCUUGAAGCGGUGCUCGUAUCAACCAUUACCACCGUGCAUGCAGAACAAGCUAUCAAAGCCAUUGAAGCAGGAAAGCAUGUCUUGUGCGAGAAGCCUCUCUCAACUGAUGCUGCUAUCGUAUCAACCCUCCACCCCGAACUCAAAGUAAUGUGCGGAUUCUCCCGCCGCUUCGACGUUUCCUAUCGAGAUGCCUACUCAAAGAUGAGCUCCGGACUUAUCGGCACGCCCGCCAUCAUUCGCAGCCAAACAUGCGACAAGAUCGAUCCCACCGGUGCCUUCGUGAACUUCGCCGCCACCUCAGGCGGGAUCUUCUGCGACUGCUCCGUCCACGACAUCGACCUGAUCCUGUGGUUCUUCGGGGCUGACAGCAAAGUGAAGAGCGUGGUAGCGAGUGGGACCGUGGCCCUGCAUCCCGAGCUCAAAGCUUACGGGGAUGCGGAUAACGCGGUGGGGAUUAUAGAGUUUCAUGGGGGCCGGGUGGCGUAUCUGUAUUGUUCGCGGAUGAUGGCGGCGGGGCAAGAAGAUACGACGGAGAUUAUUGGGACUGAGGGGAAGCUAGUAGUGAAUGGUCAUGCGCAGAAGAACCUGGUGGGAAUCUUUGAUCGAAAUGGGGCCAGACGCGAGCUGCCGGCGCAUUACUAUGAGCGGUUUGAGAUGGCGUUUGUGGAUGAGGUGAAUGAGUUUACGGCGGCUUGUUUGGAUGAUACAGAGCUGCCUAUGGGGAUUCAGGGUGCGGUGGAGGCAGUCAGGAUCGCGAAGGCGUUGCAGGACUCGUUGGGGAGUGGGGAAAAGGUAAGGUUCGAUGAGCGGGGGAUUCGGCUGUGA